AUGGCGACAGAGAUCGGGAAGGCCAUGUCUGCCAUUUUGACCCUCUCCACAGCAACGACGGUGGCACAGGCUCGUAUCAUGGCGUGGCAGAUGAUGCUGCAGCGAAACAUGUGGCUUCACAUGUCCCAGCUCCCGGCACAGAUCAGAGGGGAGCUGCUGGGCGGCCCCAUCAGCUCUGAUGGGCUGUUUAGGCCGCUCCUCCAGAGCGCCACCACCCACCUGCAGAAUGCGUCUGAGGAAGCGGACAGAGUGUGGAGACACACCUCGUGGAGCAGAGCAGCGCCGCGCCCUCAGCGAUCUCAAGGCUCCGGGCGUGAUCGCUGGGAUACACGUCCCAGACAGAGGCGCCCCACAGCCAGUGCUGUGGCUGCGUCUCGGAGGGCCCACCCACCCACCACCCGACGCGGACCGCCCGGAUGGGAGGGGCUAGAAGGUGGCGCCAACCAGACCCCGGCGCUGCGAGGCCCCCAGCGCCCAUGGACAGUGGGCAAGGCGGGCCCCAAGGAAACCCAAUGGGCCCCCACCCAACCCCGCCCCACAAGCAACUGCAGCGUCAGGCCCCCGCAAUGGUCCCGACCUGGGCCACACCACCCGCAGCAAAUCGACCCCCAGCAGAAGGACGAGGCGCGCCACCAGGGUGCACGGACGACGGGUCCCACCCAGCCCCCCCGAACCCCGACGCGCAGGAGCACAGGCCAACCCUCAACCCCGCCAGUACCCCCCCAGACCGCCACAGACCCAAAGCCGGACCCCCAGCCCAUCCGACCCGCCCCCCACCGCCGGCCGCACACAAACGGGCAGGCCCACACUGCGCAGCACCAGAACACCCCCCGCGGGCAGCCCCCAGCCCCCACACCAGGCCCCCCAGCCCGGGGGAGGACCCAGGCUCGCCCGAGGCCGAGCAGGGAGGGACAGGGAGAGGGGGGAGGGAGGAGGGAGGGGGAAGGGCGGGAGCGGAGCGAAGGGGGAAACAGUCCCCCAGGGGAGCCGGCCACGCCGCCCCAGGCCCAGGGAGCACGAGGAGACCCCACCCCCCCCCAGGCACACAGGGUGAGCAGUCCAGACGCACCCGCCCUCAGGGGAAACCGCCCGGUCCCGCGAUCCCCCACAGAGCCAGGGAGCAGGCCCGGAUUCAAAGGGAAGAAGGUGCACCUAACACAUGCUUAA